GCGGGAGAGGCGCGCCGAGCGCAUCGCUCAGCGGCGGCAGGCGCCAUGGCUCCGCAGCGGCGGUCAGCCCCGCGCGGCCCCGAGAGCGGCAGCGGGACGGCGGCGGCGCAGGACCGCGGGGGCCGCCGCCACGGCAGUGCUAAGAAGAGCCGGGGCCAGCCGGAGCCGCGGUGGCGGUGGCUGAAGGCAGCGUGCCUCCUCUGCUCGGCUGCCCUCGGUGGCCUGCUGAGCUGGAACUGCCUGAGCGCCGAGGAUGGGGUCACGGAGGUGCUGGCUCCUCACAGCGAGAACCUGCAGGGCAAGUUCAUCGAGAUCCCCUGCUCGGAGGACUACGACAGCCACAAAAGAUUUGAAGGGUGCACUCCUAGAAAGUGUGGAAGAGGUGUGACUGAUGCAGUAAUCACAAGGGAAGAAGCUGAACGAAUCCAGGCGGUUCAGUUUCCUUUGUAUGGAAGUUCUGUAAACCAGGGUAUUGGGGAAGCUCUGUUGAACAGUUUCUCGGAAAUAGGCAUGUGGGCAUCAAUUUUGGACUUGCACUCCGGAGCUCUUUCACUGGGGAAGCAUUUUGUUAAUCUGUACAGGUACUUUGGGGACAAAGUUCAAGACAUCUUCACAGAAGAGGAUUUUGCAUUAUAUCGUGAUGUGAGGCGGAGAAUUCAACAGAGGAUUGCUCAGGAUUUUGGUAUCAGCUCUUCUUCUAUGUACCUGACUAAGCCAACGUUCUUCUCGAGAAUAAACAACACAGAAGCCAAAACAACACACGAUGAAUACUGGCACCCACACGUUGACAAGGUAACUUACGGCUCUUUUGACUAUACUUCACUGCUGUAUCUUUCGGACUACACUGAAGACUUUGGUGGUGGACGGUUUGUCUUUAUGGAUGCCGGCUCCAACAAGACAGUAGAGCCUCGAGCAGGCAGAGUUUCCUUUUUCACCUCUGGAUCGGAGAACCUUCAUCGUGUGGAAAAGGUUCACUGGGGCACUCGCUAUGCCAUCACCAUCUCCUUCACCUGCAACCCAGACCAUGGCAUUGGGGAUCCAGUCUUGAUGUAAUUCCUCUGGGGAUGGAACAUGAGGUCAAAUGGAAUGAGAGAAGCCCUGCAAGAGGAGAGGAAAAGGGGAGAUAACAUCUCUUGUAACCUCACGUUCAAUUAGAACUUCCCGGUUGUAUUAAUACAUUGUAGUGCACUUGGUUUUCACAUGUCCUUCUCAAUAAAUGUUGCAAAUGGUGCCUUAAAGACCACCUUAAA